GUGUUGUCCGUGUGCUCUUGCCCUACCCCUUCUGUAGCAUCUCCCUUUCUACUCUUUGCCAACCGUCGGGACGUUCGACUUGUGGAUGCUGGCGGCACGAAGCUGGAGAGCUCUGUGGUGGUCAGUGGCUUAGAGGAUGCUGCUGCGGUUGACUUCCAGUAUUCACAAGGCAUCGUUUUCUGGACAGAUGUGAGUGAAGAAGCCAUCAAGCAAACUUACAUUAACCAAACUGGGAAUGUGGUGCAGAAUGUCAUCAUUUCUGGUCUGGUUUCCCCGGAUGGCCUGGCAUGUGAUUGGAUUGGGAAAAAACUUUACUGGACGGAUUCAGAAACCAAUAGGAUAGAAGUAGCUAAUCUCAAUGGAACAUCUAGAAAAGUCCUCUUCUGGCAAGACCUUGAUCAGCCCAGGGCAAUAGCUUUGGAUCCUGCUCAUGGAUACAUGUAUUGGACUGACUGGGGUGAAACACCUCGAAUAGAACGGGCAGGAAUGGACAGCAGCACACGAAAAAUAAUCGUUGAUUCGGAUAUUUAUUGGCCAAAUGGGCUCACAAUAGAUCUUGAUGAGCAGAAACUGUACUGGGCUGAUGCAAAACUGAGUUUCAUUCAUAGGGCAAAUCUGGAUGGUUCCUUUAGGCAAAAAGUUGUGGAGGGCAGUCUCACUCACCCCUUCGCGCUGACGCUGUCGGGGGACACGCUGUACUGGACGGACUGGCAAACACGCUCCAUCCACGCCUGCAACAAAAGGACAGGAGAGAAGAGGAGGGAAAUACUGUCUGCCCUGUAUUCCCCCAUGGACAUCCAGGUCCUCAGUCCGGACAGGCAGCCCUACUUUCACACUCCAUGUGAAGAAAACAACGGUGGCUGCUCCCAUCUGUGCCUGCUGUCUCCAAAAGACCCCUUCUACAGCUGUGCCUGUCCCACUGGUGUGCAGCUAGAAGACGAUGGCAGGACAUGCAAAUCAGGUGCUGAAGAAGUCUUGCUGCUUGCCAGGAGGACUGACUUGAGGAGGAUUUCCCUGGACAUGCCAGAUUUCACUGACAUUAUUCUGCAGAUAGACAACAUCAGGCACGCCAUUGCCAUAGACUAUGAUCCUGUGGAAGGCUACAUCUACUGGACGGAUGAUGAUGUCCGAGCAAUUCGUCGGGCCUAUCUUGAUGGCUCUGGAGCACAAACUCUGGUAACCACAGAAAUAAACCAUCCAGAUGGCAUUGCUGUGGAUUGGGUGGCGAGGAACCUGUACUGGACUGACACUGGAACAGACCGCAUUGAAGUAACCCGGUUGAAUGGGACAUCAAGAAAGAUCCUUAUCUCAGAAAACCUAGAUGAACCUCGAGCCAUAGUGCUCAAUCCUGUAAUGGGCUACAUGUAUUGGACAGACUGGGGUGAAAGUCCGAAGAUAGAAUGUGCUUAUUUGGAUGGCUCAGAAAGGAGAGUUCUGGUGAAUACAUCCCUGGGUUGGCCUAAUGGCUUGGCCCUGGAUCUUGAGAAAGAGAAGCUUUACUGGGGAGAUGCAAAAACAGAUAAAAUUGAGGUCAUAAAUGUUGAUGGAACAAUGAGGAAAACCCUCCUGGAAGAUAAACUUCCACAUAUAUUUGGGUUCACACUGCUGGGGGAUUACAUCUACUGGACUGACUGGCAGAGACGAAGCAUUGAAAGAGUUCACAAGAUAAAGGCUAGCAGAGACAUCAUUAUCGAUCAGCUGCCAGAUUUAAUGGGCCUUAAAGCUACAAGUGUCACCAAAGCUUUAGGAACUAAUCCGUGUGCAGAGAACAAUGGAGGCUGCAGCCAUCUGUGCUUCUUUACACCUCAGGAGACCAGGUGUGCCUGUCCCAUUGGCCUGGAGCUACUGAGUGACAUGAAGACUUGCAUCAUUCCUGAAGCCUUCUUAGUUUUCACAAGCAGAGCAGCAAUUCAUAGGAUUUCCCUUGAAACCAAUAAUAAUGAUGUUGCUAUUCCUCUCACUGGAGUCAAGGAAGCAUCUGCUCUGGAUUUUGAUGUCUCUGAUAACAGAAUCUAUUGGACUGAUGUUAGUUUGAAGACCAUAAGCCGAGCUUUCAUGAACGGGAGCUCUGUCGAACAUGUGAUUGAGUUUGGGCUGGAUUAUCCUGAGGGAAUGGCCGUAGACUGGAUGGGAAAGAACCUCUACUGGGCAGAUACUGGAACCAAUCGCAUCGAAGUAGCUCGCCUGGAUGGACAGUAUAGGCAGGUCCUUGUGUGGAAGGACUUGGACAAUCCAAGGUCUCUGGCACUUGAUCCUACCAAAGGCUACAUGUACUGGACUGAGUGGGGAGGUAAACCCAGGAUUGUUCGAGCGUACAUGGACGGAACAAACAGCAUCACUUUGGUGGACAAAGUGGGUCGUGCCAAUGACCUCACUAUUGAUUAUGCAGACCAAAGGCUGUAUUGGACUGACUUGGACACAAGCAUGAUUGAGUCAUCAAAUAUGCUGGGACAAGAACGAGAAAUCAUAGCAGAUGAUCUACCCCAUCCAUUUGGAUUAACUCAAUACAGUGACUACAUCUACUGGACAGAUUGGAAUCUUCACAGCAUAGAAAGAGCAGACAAGACCAGUGGGAAGAACAGGACACUUAUUCAGGGCCACCUGGAUUUUGUGAUGGAUAUAUUGGUCUUCCAUUCUUCACGUCAGGAUGGCUUUAAUGACUGCGUGCAGAAUAACGGCCAUUGCGGUCACUUGUGCCUUGCCAUACCAAAUGGAUUUAGGUGUGGCUGUGCUGCUCAUUAUACCUUGGAUCCAAACAGCAGGAACUGCAGUUCCCCCACCAGCUUCCUGCUGUUCAGCCAGAAAUCUGCCAUCAGCCGGAUGAUCCCAGAUGAUCAGCAGAGCCCAGAUAUCAUCCUGCCUGUGCACGGGCUGAGGAAUGUCAAGGCUAUUGAUUAUGAUCCCUUAGAUAGAUUGAUCUACUGGGUGGAUGGACGUCAGAACAUUAUAAAAAGAGCCAAAGAUGAUGGCACUCAG